AUGUACGCCAAUGCCUUACUAGGUGUUUGGCCAUACAUAUUCCAAGACAACCCUUGUCUUCGUAAACUGUACAACGUUUACUCCAGAUUCACUUUUUACUACUUCAUCCUAUUCAUCAUAUCGGCCAUCAUGGAACUAUUCAUACUCGUUGCGGACGACGAAAAUAGGACGGAAGAGAUAGUGGCCAACCUUUGCAUCACCCUGAUUUAUAUAAUCACCGCUGUGAGGGUUUACGUGAUGAGGAGCACAACGAUUAGAAAUCUGAUCAAACAAAUUCUAGCUACCGAGGACGCUAUUCUUAAGAACGACGAUGAAGAAAUUAUGGAGAUAUAUAAGUUCCAUGCUAGGCAAAGUCAGAUUACUAAUUUGAUUUUCAUAGUAAAUAUUACUGUGGAAACGAUAUUCUUCUUCACCCACCCACUGUACGUCGACGAGAAGAUAAAGUUCAACAAAGCCACCAACGAAACCAAAGUCAUCAAAGCCCUACCCCUGUCAUCGUGGUUCCCUUACGACCCCCAAGACCACUACCUGGCUAGUUACAUGUGGCAUAUCUUCGAUGGGACGGUGGGAGCUUCUUACGUGAUGUACACCGACGCCUAUAAUUUCAGUUUGAUAAUAUUUCCUCUGGGCCAGAUUAGGAUCUUGACUCACGUGUUGUCUAACUUCCCCAGAUACGUACUGAAAGUCAAGGACCAGCUUCAAUGCAGCAGAGACGAAGCCAGCUUCAUUACCCUGAGAGAGUGCAUUUUGAAGCACAAAGAAAUUAUGAGGUACUUGCAGGAAUAUAAUGACUCCAUGAAAAACAUAAUGCUGUUGGACUUCUUACAAAGCUCUCUGCAGUUGGCCUCGGUUGUGAUACAGCUAUUUGUGGUUUGUAUCACAUACACUGCAUGUUAA